AUGGACCAUCCCCAGCAGGGAGAAUUGAACUGGCGCCUUAGCGCCCAUCCGAUUACCCUGCUCUGCUUCCUAGGUUUCCGAGUCGGGUCUCUGUUGAUGUAUCUUUUCGGAUUGCUAUUCAUUGGGAAUUUUGUUCUCGUCUUCAUCCUGACUCUCCUGCUCCUCUCCGCCGACUUCUACUAUCUGAAGAACAUUGCCGGUCGCCGAUUAGUCGGUCUUCGCUGGUGGAAUGAAGUCAACACGGCCACUGGUGAUUCCCACUGGGUCUUCGAGUCCUCCGAUCCCAAUAUUCGCAUCAUCAGGGCUACCGACAAAAGAUUCUUCUGGUUGAGUCUGUAUAUCACACCUGCACUCUGGAUCGGGUUAGCAUUCGUGGCCCUUUUCCAGGCGAGCCUUAUUUGGCUCAGUUUGGUCGUGAUCGCUCUCAUUCUGACUAUUACCAAUACUGUGGCGUUCUCGCGAUGCGAUCAAUUCAGCCAGGCGUCUACGUUUGCCAACAGCGCGUUGUCAGGGCGUAUUGCGAGUAGUAUUACCAACGGCCUGCUGGGCAGGCUGUUUAAGUGA